AACCACAGAUGUGUCGGGUUCAGUAGACUUCUCCUGCACAGCUACAGUCUGGCAGCACACUGAGCCUCAGUCAGAGUCAUGGCAGAUCUAAGCAGGACGGAGAAGGUUGAGCUGCACACGCCGGAGCUGGAGGAGCUGCGUGGAGUUUUACAAUCAGGACUGGAAGCCAACUUUGCUGAAGUUCAGGUGAGUGUUGUGGACUGUCCGGAUCUCACCAAGGAGCCUUUCAAGUUUCCUGUCAAAGGCUUGUGUGGAAAUCCUCGCAUCACUGAUGUUGGCGGUGUACCGUACCUGAUUCCUCUGGUUAAAAAAGACAAGGAAUACAACAUGAACGCUAUAUCAAAGGAGCUGGAGCUGCCGGGAGCCUUCAUCCUGGGUGCAGCGGCCGCCCCCUCCAGGGUUGUUGGAAUGAAUGCAGAGCUGAUGCCUCUGGUUCUGACCGAGGCGCCGGGAAGGUCUGCAGUGAACAGCAGCUACUUCUCCUCCAUCAACCCAGCCGACGGUCAGUGUCUGCUGGAGAAAUACAGCGACAAGUUCUCCGACUGCAGCUUUUCACUGCUGGGGAACCUGUACGCCUGUGAAGGGAAGCCUGGAAAGGUCAUAGAGGUUCGGGCCAAGAAGAGAACAGGAAGUCAGAGUCUGGUGACCGCCCUGAGGACGACUCUCGAAGGUCGCUACCCCGAUAAAAGUCUGGCUCUGGGAGGCACCUUCAUCAUCCAGAAAGGGAAGGCGAAAAUCCACAUUAUGCCGAGAGAGUUCUCGGCCUGCCCCCUCAACACCAACGAUGACGUCAACAACUGGCUCAAGCACUUUGAGGUCAGCGCUCCACUCAUCUGCCAGUCGGUGCUCGUGUCCAGAGACCCUGGCUUGGACCUGCGUGUGGAGCACACCCACUGCUUCAGCCACCACGGAGAAGGAGGCCACUACUACAUAGACACCACACCUGACAGCGUGGAGUACCUGGGCUACUUCAUGCCUGCGCAGUUUGUGUAUCGCAUCGACAGGCCCAGAGAGACCCACGGAGUUGGACGGGAUUGAAACGCUGAAUAAAUCAUGUUGGCAGCACAGUGUCUCUGAUCAUCUGAAUCAAGCAGACAGUAUUCGAUUUAUACUAGUUUGAAUCAUUCGUCUUCAUUUGAAAUCACAUCUUAUAUCUUAUGAAUCACAUCUCUUAGAUACUAAAUCACCACAGAACAUGACAUUUGGAUUGUCUCGGCUGGCCUUUAUUUUUUAGUUGGAGCAUUUGUGCUGUUUGCUUAGACAGAGAAAGCUAUGUUUUGAAAGACCUCCAUGGUCCACCCACCCUUACAGGUUGUGAGGUUGGAGGCUUUGCACCUUUACGACCACCAAGCAACGACUACUGUCUGACAAAUAUGAAGAAUCAAACAUCUGAUAAGCAAUAAAAGGAAUACAGCUGCCAUGAACAUAAGAGGCUACAAGAAACUGGUGAUGGAUUAACUACAAGAAGCUAAAAUGUAGUGAAACAUUUUGAUGCCACCUGAUUAAAUCCAGGAUGGAGCGACAUGUGAGUCAGGGCAAACUCAGCUCCUCCUCAUAAGACACAAACUGUCAUGAUUUCGAUAUGCAUUUACAUUUUUUUCUCUCUCUGUUAUUUUGUCCCUUAACCUCAUGUCUCAUGUAUGAAAUUAGCUGUUAUUGAUUUAUAUUUCAUGCACAAGUUUGAUUCCUAAUGAAUUCACUUUAGUAAAGACAAAUGUUGUUCCUGUCGUCACCAUCAAAGUGUGGCUGCACAAUACCUGACAAUAAAAAGUGUUUUUUAAUGGAACAUAUUUUCUAGAUGCACUGCAGGUGGCAGCAGCUAUUCUUGUGAUUUAUAUUUUUAUUAUGGGCCUAUUGAUGAAUAAAAGCUGAAUCAGUUAGUUAAUA